CUGCAGCACUCGGUUCAGGGCCGUAUUUGAUGGGGUGGUCAAAGUAUGUGUCCGUUGCUGUUUGGCAACUGGUUGUGUUUGCCGGGGUUAUACCCCAAAACGGUGCACCCAGACCAUAUCCACCCGAGAAGCAAAAGUUCAGGGUAAGGUGGAAAUUAGCAGCGACAAUGGGAAGUAGAGCGAACGGGACCAAGGCACUCCAGAAUCGCAUUGUAAAUUGCCACCUGGUCCCGAGCCGAACGCUUAUAGGGCUGAGGAGAAGAAGGGGGAUCCUAUCCUUCAGAGGCUAUACAUAUAGGACAUUCGGGUAUUUUCUCAAUCUUUGAAGAGUGAACAAAUCUUCCGCAACAGUCU